AUGUACGAAGUACCUGUCUGGAUUGGAACGAUGUCUCGUCGUGCGCCGAACCCCGCCCAAGAGCGGGCUCAGAAGAACCAGCAGACGCUUAAGAACCUCCUCAAACUGGAGCCCAACAAGAUAUGCGCAGACUGCAAGACUCACAAACAUCCCCGAUGGGCUAGCUGGAACUUGGGCAUCUUUGUCUGCAUCCGCUGCUCUGGCAUCCACCGAGGCAUGGGAACCCACAUCAGCCGAGUCAAAUCCGUCGACCUCGAUUCCUGGACCGAUGAACAGCUACAGAGCAUGCUCAACUGGGGGAAUGCGAGGGCGAACAAGUACUGGGAGGCCAAAUUGACUACGCGGCACGUGCCCUCCGACAGCAAGGUAGAGAGUUUUAUUCGGACAAAGUACGAGCUCAAGCGAUGGGUAAUGGAUGGACCAAUCCCCGACCCCUCUACUCUCGACGACGGCGACGACAUCCCCCUGAGCCUGGUCAAGGAGAAGCAGACAAUUGAGCACAAGGAAUCGAUACGCAAGGCCUCCAUCGGGCAGUCCUCGAAACCCGGGCCCGCCUCGACCCCUGUUGCCGAUCUCAUUGGCGGAGACCCCAUCCCCCAGCGCGCCAGCACCACGAGUCCGCCGGCUCCCCGCAUCUCCAACAAGGCCGCUGCGGCCCCGCCCAAGACGACAAAUACAAAGGAUUCUUUGCUGGGGCUAGAUUUCUUUGGUGAGCAGGCGGCCGCCCCCGCCCGGCCUGCCAGCACUACGGGUACGCAAAACGCGGGCGGUUCCUCGAGACCCGACCUCAAGCAGUCCAUCCUGUCGCUCUAUGCCACGGCACCCAGGCCCCAGGCCCAGCCCGUCCUCCAACAGCCCGUCGCCCAGCAAUUUGGCGGCAUGUCCCCUGCCCCUCAGCAACCCGCCGGGGCUUGGUCGAUGCCUUUGGUGGCCUCAGCUUCGGCAAUACUACUACACAGUCGCCGCCUCCUCCGGCAGUUGACCCUUUGCGUCAUUCGGCUCCCCUCCCUGGCUUCCAAACCCUUGGCGGCAGCGCCUCCCUCCAACGCCUUUGGGGGUCUCGGCGGUGGAGGUUUCUUCAGCGCCAAACCCGCCCAGCCCCCUGCCCAGACGCAACCCAAGUCUCCCGGCAUCGCCUCUCCAGCCGCCGCCGCCCCGGCCCCUGCCGCGCCCGCGCCUACGCAGACCUCUAGCUCCGCUGCGCCGGCCGCCGCCGCCGCGUCUGCCGCCACCGUUGGCCUGGGCUCCAAUAGCUGGGCAACCAACGACGUCUGGGGCGACAACGCCUGGGGCAGCACAGAACCUGCCGCCAGCGCCGCAAAGCCUGCCGCGCCACCGGCGGCCACGACAACGACAACCAACGACUUUGGCUGGGGUAGCUCGAGCAUGACGGCCAGCGGUUCCUCGCCAGCCCCCUCGCCAGCCAGAGUGGCCGCCGACGAGGAGUUUGGUGGCUGGAGCAGCGGGCCCUCUGCCAGCGCGACCACGACACCGGCCGCGAGCAAGCCUUCUGGUGGAUUCGGAGGAGGUAGCGAUGACUUGUUUUCCAAUGUUUGGCAGUAA